AUAAUAACAAUUCGAGAGUUUCAAAUCCAAUUUCAUUCAUUGAGCGUCCAUGUCGUCGGGCGUAAUAAAUGUAAUAAUAGAUGUCUCGCCACGUAAACGUUACGAAUAUUUUUUCCUAUGAAUUUUAUUGAAAAUGUAGAAGUGAAAACAGUGUAUAAUAAGCUUUUUAAUAAGCCAUAUUGUUGUAAUCAACUCAAUUGAUUGAACAGCAGACACAAAGUUGGCAUCUAAACAUGAGUAAACAGAAAGAGUUUAAGUUUCAUGUAAUUGAAUUAUUGGAACCUCCAUGCAUAAAUGCUGAAAAAUAUGUUUGCGUUCCGAAUUCUUGGCUAAGAUUAUGUGAAACAUCAGAUAGUGAAGCUCUGGUUAAAUUUCCUUGCGAAGAACUAUCAGAAAUAAAGAGAUGUGCUAAGAAUCAAGAAAUCUUAGAAUACUGGAAAGUUUUAUUGGCUGAUAUAAAGUACAGUACCAACUCCUAUAAAGACGCAAGCAACUAUAUCAAGAUAUUAAAUAAAAUAUCCGAUCAAGAUCAGAGCAGCACGAAAAUAGUCGAAGAUGUGCCAUCAACAUCGGAAAAGAGUUUACUCCAAUCACAAUCGAGCUCAAAAACAAACAAAGUCCGUACAACUUCAGCUCUAAACAGUGAUGCGGAACCAGUGAGUAAUGAAAUACCAAAACAACUUGACUUAACUAAUGCCGAAGUAAAAAUAGGCCAAAAGAAAAGUAAAGUUGAAACUGCCGAUUCUUCCCCCAAAGCCAGAAGAUGUUUGACAAGAGAGUCACUCAGAAUAUCUUUAUCAGGCAAUAAUACCGUUAGUUUGCCAGAUCAAACUGCAAAAGAGAAUCUUCCGACAACUAGCCAUUGUGUUAAAGGGAGCGAUAAGAUUAACAACAACCAAGAAAAUGAACCAUCAGCACAGAACAGUUCAGAGUUAAAGAGAAAAUGGCAAAUUAUAAUGGCUCUACGGUCAGUCUUUGGUGAUAACUUCAAAGAAAUAUUGGAACAGCUUCAUAGUGAGUAUGAAAAAAACCAAUUACUGUUAGAGAAAAUGCGGCUUGCGUUUAUGGAAAAUUGUAAGAUCUUAAAAGACUUCAUUGAGGUAACUAAUGAAAUCUGUAAUGGUCCUGAUAUUAGUGAUCUAGAUUCUGUAGUCGAAGAAUUAGAAAAUAGAACGAUGGAAAUAAAUAUAAAUGAAAACAAUCCAGAUAAAGCAACCGGAUCAAAAGUACAAAAUGAUACUCGAAAAAAGGAAGAGAAGAAACAAAAUAGUGACGGUUCAGAAGUUAAAAAUAAUAAUCCACUGAAUAAGAUCCGAGACAAAGCGCACAAGUUUACUUUACCACCAGAGUAUGAUCCGAAUGACUCAAGAUGGACCCUAAAGCAUCGGGAAAAGAAAAGUGGACUUGUUGAACUCCUACCACAGUCACAAGUGUACAUAGACGCCAUUCAACUAAGCAAUUGUAACAUAAUGUCGCAAGGCAGCAAAACCCUUGCACGAAUGUUGUUACUAGAAAUUUUUACCAAGAAUGCACUAAGCGUUUGUUCUCUAACUGGAAAAAAAGCCAAUGCAUUCGAAGGACCAAUAAGGCCCGGUCUAGAUGAACAUGCAAGAACUGUUUUAUUGAACUAUGUUAAGAAAUAUGCGGCUGAAAAAAAUUGGGCUGAUUUUGAUAGGCAGCUGGUUGUGAACAGUAUUCGUAACAAAAUGCAAGAAAUGAGAGGCAAAUAUAAAAAAAUAGUCGAAAAAUAAUUAGGCUAUAAGGAAAUAUUGCUGGCGUGAUGGAUGGCGUCAUUUAAUUAAUUAGCUGAUUGAAGUUGUAACAGGGAAAAUCGAACUUCCCAGGGUCAUUAUCGACCAGUUAAUUGACGCCACGGUAGGUAAGGGCUCUCCUUUACCUUUCGAUUUUGACAAGUAGUUUCAACUUGUCACCAGGCGUGCAAAUCGAAAGUCCCCACUGCUGUCCCCGGAAAAUGAAGCAGGGCGUAACAAUAGAAAAGUUCUCGAAAGAACCGAGGCUCGAGAGUAUAAAAGGGCCGGUUAGAGAAAGAACAAGGCUUUUUCCCUUCUGGAAAACAGUGGCCUUUUGUUUUUUGAGCCAGUGACGCUUUUGAGAGAGUGGCCCUUUCGAGAGAAGUCGUUAGUCAGUAUAGUGCUGUGUAAUAAUUGUCAUCGAGGUACAGAACAGUCAAGAAGGAAGCCAAUUUGUGAACUGGAAUUUAGAAACCCUUUAUCUGGAGCCAACUAAUUCAUUAGAGACUAGGAGACAAACCAAUAACUGAUCCAAUAACUGGUACAAAUAUGUACUCCAGUUAGGGUGCGGAACGUGACCUUUUGAUCACCUUCAGAAUCCCAUAGCACUUUCCUAUAUGGACUCUGCCUGAAGCGGGGAGCUCUAGCCAGUCGGUCCAAGGAAGGCUGCUUGACUACGGUAAUAACAGUACACCCCCAUUCCCAACCUCUCUCUCAUACAGCAACCCCGGUUGCUGAGAAGUGAUCCCGGUGAAUCAUAUUCUGCUUCUUUUAUUUAAUUUGUAUUAAUUUAUUGUGUAACCUUCUCGCGUGUUCGGUGUAUCUACCGACACACAUUCUUUAGUGACUUAAAUUUUGUAACUAUCUUAAUCUCUCACUAGUAUUAUAAUCUUAUAACUAUUAUUGUAAAUUAACUAUUUAUUUGGAUGAGACUCAAAUAACUCUAACCGACUCAGUUAAAAACCUGGGUGUUAUUGUAGAUUGACAUCUUUCGUAGAGUUCUCACGUUGCUGAGAUCAGUAGGAAGGUGCACUUCGCCUUGCACUCGUUGAGAUGUCUGCAGGGCUUCUUACCUCAGCAUACAAAAAUCCCUAUACGCCUUCGUAGGAAUACUCGAAUAUUAUGUCUCCUAUUCAAUAUCCUACAUAAGCCCACUUCUCCCUUAUAUUUACGUGAGCGAUUCUCUUUCAUUCGUUCUCCUGAUGCUCCCUGCAGAUCAAACCAACGUUCUGUCUUGUUAUUCCUUUCCCACAAAACCAUUUCUAUUCUCACUCCUUUACUGUGCACGCGGUCAGACUGUGGAAUUCGUUGCCGGCUGACAUCCGAGUUUGCAAGUUUGUUUCUGUUUUUAAAUACAACGUCAAACAAUUCUAUCUCUCAUCAACCGAAUGAUCAUUGUUACGUUGUCUAUACUCGUAUGAUCGUUGUCUAUACUCUUCGUAUAUACUGUGUUACUUAUAAUAUUUUGUAUUCGAGUUUAACAAUAUUUGCUAUGUGUAUGUGCAUUACUAUAAUUCUCAUGUUGUAUUUGUUAUUUUAGUUAUAUGUUAUUUGUUCUACACACACUCAUCACUUUUAAUUAUUAUUCUCAUAAUCCUCUCGCAGGUCUGCUGGAAGAGAUUUCUUAAAGAAAUAAGCAGUGCCUUUGUACAUAAUUUUCCUAUUACUCUGUACUAUGUCUUAUUUUCUGUGUGUACAUAAAUAAAUAAAUAAAUAAAUAUUUUAUGCUUUUAAUAUUUGUGUCAAAUAAAGACAAUCUUGUUAAUUAUAA